AUGAAUAUGAGUCUGGGCUGUGAUCUCUCUCUUCUGGAAGAGCUAACUUCCAACGCAAACCAAAUACAAAAUGAUGUGUUAACCAAGAUACUCAAAGCUAACGCAAACACAGAAUACCUCCACCGUUUUCUCGAGGGGAGCUCCGACAAAGAUCUGUUCAAGAAGAACGUACCAGUGGUGAGCUAUGAAGAUGUUAAGCCUUAUAUCGAUCGUGUCGCAAAUGGAGAACCCUCUGAUAUUCUUUCGGGCAAACCCAUUACUUCGUUUGUCAGAAGCUCUGGAACUUCAAGUGGGAAUAGAAAGAUAUUUCCUGGAAAUAAAAACUAUGAGGAUAUUGUAUUAGGCCGUGACCUAAACUCACUCGUUAUGUCCAAACAUUUCGAUGGUUAUAAGGAAGGAAAGAUGAUGAAAUUUACGUUCACUCAGCCGUUAUCCAAAACUCCUUGUGGUUUGCCUCUUGCUUCCGCAACAAGCAUGUUCAUGAAGAGCAAAUAUUAUAGGAGCCCGGGAACACGUAGUACAAGCCCCGAAGAGAUCAUACAGUGUACGGAUACGAAACAAGUUAUAUAUUGUCAACUUCUAUGUGGUCUUGUGUUGAGAGACGAGGUUGUAAGUGUUGGUUCUCUGUUCGCUUCUGUCUUGGUCCAAGUAAUCCAUUUUCUUGAAAAUUACUGGAAAGAGUUGGCUAGUAAUAUCAGGUCAGGUCAUCUCAGCGAGUGGAUCACUGACCUUAGUUGUAGAGACGCUGUCUCUGCCAUCCUUGGAGAGCCAAAUCCUGAACUGGCGGAUUUAAUCGAAAACGAGUGUGGACAGAAGUCUUGGCAAGGUAUAGUUUCACGACUGUGGCCCAAAACUAAAUGCGUUGAAGCUAUUGUUACAGGAAUGAUGGCUCAGUACAUCCCAGCACUCGAGUUCUACUCCAAUAAUCUGCCUCUAGUUUCUAGUAUUUAUGCAUCCUCUGAAGCAUUUUUCGGGAUAAAUGUGAAUCCUCUAAGCAAACCACAAGAUGUGUCCUACACAUUCCUACCCAACAUGUCAUAUUUCGAGUUCAUACAUGUUGAUGCCGAUGGAGAAGAUACAAGCGAGAUUGUUGAUCUUGUGGAUGUGAAGUUAGGUGGCUACUAUGAGCCCUUGGUCACAAACUAUUCUGGUCUAUACAGAUAUAGAAUGGGAGAUGUUUUACAGGUCACCGGGUUUUACAAUAAGACACCACAAUUCAGAUUCGUACGUAGAAAAAAUACGGUUUUAUGCGUCUAUCUUGAGCCAACGACUGAAGAAGAUAUUUUAAAAGCGUUGGCUCGUGCAACAGUCGUUCUUGAAUCUUCGGAUUUGAUUUUGACAGGCUUCACAUGCUAUGGUGACAUCUCCACUGUACCGGGUCACUACGUCUUUUACGUGGAACUCAAAGCCAAAGUCAACGAAAGCACUAAUGCUCUACUACUUGAUGACAAGGUAUUGGUGGAAUAUUGUUGUGUUAUAGAGGAAUCAUUGAGUAACUUUUAUAGAAGCCUUAGGAUAAAAGAUGGACCGAUAGGAGCUCUAGAGGUAAGGAUUGUGAAAGAAGGAACGUUUGAUUCUCUCAUGGAGUAUUAUGUCACACGAGGUGCUUCUAUAACUCAAUACAAGACACCUAUGUGCAUAAACUCUGAUGAGGCUUUAAAGGUUCUUGAAGAUAAGGUUCUUGCUCGGUUCUUCAGUGAUAAAUCCCCUCCUAUCUGAUCUAGAUAUGAUAUAGUUGGCUACGGUUGAUGAUGAUGGCCACCUGGAAUAAUUAUAUCACCUGGUUGAAGAAUAAUGAUGCAACAUAGUUAUUGUGUGAGAGUGUUGUUUUGUGUAGAAUUAGUGGUUUCAAAGUUGUGUGUUUUUCUUUUGUGUCGUCGUGUUUGUUGUGGUGGGGGUUAAACCGUUAUGGCCACCUGGAAUAAUUAUAUCACCUGGUUGAAGAAUAAUGAUGCAACAUAGUUAUUGUGUGAGAGUGUUGUUUUGUGUAGAAUUAGUGGUUUUAAAGUUGUGUGUUUUUCUUUUGUGUCGUCGUGUUUGUUGUGGUGGGGGUUAAACCGUUAAAUGUGAUUGAUGCAUUAUUAACGACCUCGGUUUUCAGGUUAUUCAUAAUAUAUCUUUCAGGUCGUUAGCUUUAGGAUUUUCGAAAUGGUA